GUUUGAGUUGACGGAAAUCUGUCUGUCAGUUCCAGUUCACAUUUUCACAGCGAAAAUACAUUUGGACUUUGCUUAUUUACAAACUGUUACAAACUUCCGAACGUGGCUGUACUUCAGGAAACAUGGAGGAAGUGGAGAACAAGUAUUUGUGGCAGGAUUAUUUCAGCUGUGCGCUCCUCAUUGAACAUGCAAUUUGAGGAUGGUAUAUUCAUCAAAGAUUACAUCAAGAUGAUGGCGUAUAUGAUCGUGUUGUGUUCCACACUGGCAAUUUCAUUAUCGUUCUGGGUCCUGUCAAUAACUGCCAGCACUUACUAUGGUACUCUGCAGCCAGUCUCACCAUGGCGGUGGCUGUUCUCAAUACUGGUCCCUCUUUUCAUCACGUUUCGAGCCUUUAAACGUAAAAGUCUUGAUCAUGGUGGUGCCAUAGGAGCGAUGCUGGUUGGCUUUGUUCUUACUAUGGCCAACAUGAGCUUUUUUGCAGCUUUGUUCACCUUUUUCGUCACAUCCACCAAACUAACCAAAUGGAAGGGUAACAUCAAGAAACAAAUUGACUCCGAUUAUAAAGAAGGUGGCCAGAGGAACUGGUUGCAAGUUUUCUGUAAUGGUGGUGUUCCUACAGAAUUGGCCCUGCUAUAUAUGAUCGAAGCUGGUCCUGGAGAAAUACCUGUGGAUUUUGGGAAGCAAUAUUCUGCUUCAUGGAUGUGCUUAUCCCUAUUAGGAGCCCUGGCUUGCAGCACAGGGGACACCUGGGCUUCUGAGGUGGGUCCUGUGCUUAGUAAGAGCACGCCCAGGCUCAUCACCUCAUGGAGAGAUGUCCCACCAGGUACCAAUGGUGGAGUCACUCCUGUUGGAUUAGUGGCCAGUGUUUUGGGUGGAGGCACAGUAGGUGUAGCGUACUUCGUCAUGCAGCUACUGUUGGUGAAAGAUUUGCAUCUGACAGUUCCUCAGUGGCCUAUCAUCUUGUAUGCAGCAAUAGCUGGCCUGUUUGGAUCUUUGCUGGACUCAUUCCUAGGUGCAACCGUGCAGUAUUCAGGAUACGAUGAAUCCACUGGGAAAGUUGUUAGUUACGAGUCACCAAGUGUUAAACGAAUAUGUGGAAAACCCAUCCUGGAUAACAACGGAGUGAAUCUGUUCUCUUCCGUCCUCAUAGCACUGUUCCUGCCUGGGUUUGCUUGGAUAUUCUGGCCUAGACUCUGAAUCAUGUGAUUUUAUUGGCCGCAUGUCAGUUUAUGCAAAAAACAACGAAAAAGCAAACAAAAAAACAUUAUAAUACAGUGACUUCUUAAGAAUUGACUACAGUACAAUGUGAACUCUCAAUUUAUUUCUUUCUACUUAUUAUAAAAGAUUUUAUUAAAAAAAAAGCUUCUUUUCAAAACCAGCUUUACUGACCCUCGUUUAUAAAGCAGUCUGGUGAGAAAUGAUUCGCGCGUGGGGAAUAUUAUUCAGGGGAAAACAUUUAAGGAGAUUAAAACAAAAACACUGGAUAGAUUUUUAGCAUUAUAUGAUGUUUGUGUACAGGCACUGCCAACACACAUUUCUGUACAAUCAACUUGUAAAUGUGCAUGUACCAUUAUAUGACCCCUUUAAAAUUAGCCAUCAAAUUGGUCAAUUAAUGUAAAGCAGUACAACACAGUACACAAAGCUCAAAAUACUGUAAAAUCUCACUACACGUCAGAUCACUUCAUUAAACAAACACUAUGCAAUUUAUGUAGUCCAUUUCUCACAAAACUUAAACAUUUUGAUUAUAUAUAAUUUUCUGUACUUUUUCACAAAAUAUAUUAUGUCUCUCAAUGCCACUUAUGCCUACUGUAUGUCAGAGCUUAACACUUUUACAUUUUCCAUUGUAGUGUAUGUGUAAUUUAUGGAAUAAAGUACCCUUACCAUAAA